CCACGGCUCAAAACAAGCACUCUUCAAUCUCUUGACUUUUACCACUUGUGACUUUCUUUUGAAAGACAUCGUUAGCGUUUACGCGUUCUUGCAUGUUGUUGGUCUUCCUGCUGACCUUCGCCUGGCGAGGAAUGCCUCAGAGAAGUCCCAACUGUUGAUGUGAAGGUGGAGAAAUGAGUGUUUCAAAGUUGGUUACGGGGGAGAGUGUGAAGAUCCAGAGGAGUAAUGGUCGCGUGCACUUUGCUUUGGUUAGCAAUGUCAACUUUGAUGCGCAGACGGUUAUGGUGGAGUGGUUUGAACAUGGGGAAACCAAGGGCAAGGAGGUGGACUUCAAGCAGAUAUUUGCAUUGAAUGAGGACUUGAGGCCAACUCCAGAGCCAUCCAUGCCAGCACCUGCACCCAUACCGAAUGCUCACUCGUCUCCUGCUGCUGAGAAGCCGCCGUCAAAGCUUCAGGCACCGUUGCGGAGUUCGGCAAGGAACGCUGCCAAGUCUUCGCGCCCGUCAACGGCAGUGUCACAAAUCUCCACGCCGCAAGCGUCAGCCUCUCGGCCUUCCACAUCCAGUGGAAUACCAAAGCGAGUUAAUUCUCCGCUGGCGCCCAGGCCCCAGAAUGUCAAGGAAACAGCGGAAACUCCAAGCCCACCUGUGAAAAGAAGUAUCCCGGUGCCUGCCUCUGCUGCUUCGAAGAUAUCGAAACCCAAGCAGCCAGCUGUUCGUCAUAGCAUCGGCGGGGCACAGCUUCAGGACGCGAAGAAGGCAAAGGAGUCGGGGGGUGAGCAAGUGGGUAAUCGGAGAAGAUCACACUGUGUGAAGGAGGUCGAGCGACUGAAGAAGAACCGAGAAGAACGAAGAGCACGUCAAGCGGAGCAAGUCCAGCAGCGCCUUGAGGAGAUUGACCCAAGCAAUCCCAAUGCAGAUUUUCUGAUGAUGAUCCGUGACCAUGUGUCCGGCCUGCGAAUCACAUCCCUUAGCCCUCGUGACCAGGUGUCAGCUCAGCGGAUUACGGUGUGCGUCAGGAAACGUCCGCUGAAUAGGAAAGAGUUGGGACGUCAGGAGGUGGACGUGUUGACAGUGGAUGCCAGAAAUCACCUCUAUGUUCAUGAGCCAAAACUAAAGGUGGAUUUGACCAAAUAUCUGGAAAACCACCCGUUUCGGUUUGACUAUGCGUUUAACGAGGAUGCGCAGAACUCUCUAGUGUAUCGGUUUACUGCACAGCCACUGGUGGAAACUAUUUUCGACCGUGGAAUGGCUACUUGCUUUGCGUACGGCCAAACCGGAAGUGGCAAGACACAUACGAUGGGUGGUCAUUUUACGAAUAACAAGGAGCAGGAUGCAUCUGAUGGCAUAUAUGCAUUGGCAGCGGCUGAUGUGUUCCGGUUGCAUGCUCUGCCGAAGAAUCAAGCGAAAGACCUCGUCGUUUCUUCAAGCUUUUUCGAGAUUUACGGUGGAAAGGUGUUUGAUUUGCUCAACAACAAGGCAAAGCUGCGCAUUCUGGAGGAUGGCAAGCAGCAGGUGCAGGUGGUCGGUCUGACUGAGCAGACUGUAACAUGCGUGGACGACGUUCUACGCUGCAUUCACCUCGGCAAUCAGAUCAGAACGUCCGGGACUACAUCCGCCAACCAACACUCGUCUCGAUCACAUGCCGUCUUCCAGCUUGUGCUGCGUAAGAGAACAAACAAGAAGCUUCAUGGCAAGUUCUCACUGAUCGACUUGGCUGGUAACGAAAGAGGUGCCGACACUUCCAGUGCUGACAGACAGACGCGAAUGGAGGGCGCGGAGAUCAACAAAAGCCUUCUGGCGCUCAAGGAAUGCAUUCGAGCUCUUGGUCGCAAAGGUGCUCAUUUGCCGUUCCGUGCCAGCAAGCUCACCCUGGUGUUGAAAGAUUCGUUUAUGGGUGAUCGGUCUCGGACGUGUAUGAUUGCCAUGGUAUCACCGGGGCAGAACAGCUGUGAGCACACGCUGAACACGCUACGAUAUGCCGACAGAGUAAAAGAGUUGGAGGCUGGCAGUGGAGGUGGUGCAGCAGGCAAUGGUGGUGACAUGCCCCCUCCUGCUGCACCGCUAUCACCACCACCACCACAGCCCAUGGACGAUGGAGAAGCCGACGAUCUGCGGCUCGUGCAUCAGUCUCUGAAAGAGGGGGAGCAGCUGUUCUCUAACGAUAUCUUACAUUUCCAUGUGGCUAUGUCACACCUGGUGGAGGCACAGGAACAGUUAGUCGAAUGUCAUCGGGGAUUCAACCAGGCGGAGUUCAUGAGACGGUCAGAGCAGCUCUUACAGCAUGCAGACAGUCCUGACAGCGACAUGGAGGCAUAUGCUCGGCACCUUGAGGAGCUACUCACGGAACAAGAGCACCAUGUUGCCCAGCUACGAGCUAAAGUGAGCAGCUUCCGACAACAGCUGCACGAAGAAGAGAUGGCCAGUCAGCAUGUCAAGAAACUGCCUUUCCCGUAGGUACUGUCCUGCGCAAACUGUCUAGUUGUUCACGUCCUCAUUGUCCGGGUAUUUUCGAAGAUGCUCCUACUUGUGCUACGGGUUUCCGCCUCUGCUAGCUACGCCGUAGAAAUGUAUUGCCAGUGACCUAGUUUAACUUUGCAUUGGCCUUGUUUUAUAUCCUCAACCCCCUUUACCGCUGUGAUUGGUAAGUGUUACCGCCUCUGCUGUCUUUGAUGCAUCCUAUCUUCUACCUCAGUCGUUGUCCACCCCACCCCUUCUCUCUCUGUCUCUCUCCUUGCUGCCUUGAUUGGAGACCAAUGCAGCAAUUAUUUGCUUGUAUCACAUUGUCUUUUUUUGUGUUUGAAAAGUGUAACAAUAAUUUUGGGAUUUCAUUUCCCCAUCAACACAUAACUUAUGCAUGUACCUAUAAAACUAUGCUUUUAGUACUACCAUAGCCACAUUUACUAACAAGUACUGGCAUAGUAAAUCACUAUAUCUCUGUGUUUUUUUUACCCUUCGAGAUCUGCUUUGUGUACACAUGCUUGCGUGAGUGUGUGUGUGCGCGCGCGCGCGCGCGCGCGCGUGUGUGUGUGUUUGUGUGUUGACUGUUGAGUAUUGCUUCAGUCGAGUUUGUAAUAAUUAUCGCUCUGUGCGGUGUUUCUCUCACUGUUACAGUGACACGUUCCUUUUUAUUUGCUACUGUAAUUAUUGAUACCUAUGCUGCUGCUGCUGCUGCUUCUUCUGCUAACCGCUGCUCUGACUUCUGAGCUUCUUUUUUUUAGUGUGUGUGUCAUAAGUUUCUGAUUUGUGGCUUUUGGUAUUCUAGUCUCUUUGUUCAAGCAAUACUUCAUGGUCAGUUUUCUUCCCUGCUGUUCUCUUGUAUUAGCUCUUUGUUUGUUUUGCGAGUUGAUGCGCGGGAUUGUUAUUUUCUUUCUCAAGGCUUUGUGUCGUGUACAGGACGUCGAGUCCGAAGGGCUGCGUGUAACCGUUACUGUGAACAGCUGUGUUGAGCUCAA